AUGCUCCUCCCGACGUCCCGUUUGGCAUGGCUAACUCUGGCCGGGCUUUUCCUGCUGCUACAGGCCUCCCCGGCGGCCCGCCAGCGCCGCCACGUUGCUGAGUAUGACGAUGAGGAGGACAGCGACCGGGUGCAUAUCGUUAAAUACCUGAUGCGAUAUGGGUACCUCAGCACCAGGAGCCCCACCGAUGAGCAGCUGGAGGCGGCUGUUGCUCAGCUCCAGGAGAUUCUCGGAAUGCCCGUGACGGGCAUCAUCGACUCGGCAACAGUGGCCGCCUCAAAAGCCCCACGCUGUGCAAUCAAGGAUAUCCCGUCGAACCAGAAUCGCCAUCGCCGUUUCGUGCUGGCACAAUCUUCGAGGUGGUCGGCCGAGCAUUUCAAGAGUGAGAACGAGCUGCACUUGAAGUGGUUUAUCAGCAAGUACACGAAGGAUUUGUCCCGGUCGGCUGUUAGAAGCCAAGUUCAAAAAGGCUUCGAGCUCUGGUCCAAGCAACUUGCCAUCAAUGCGCUCCCCCACAUGUCGAUCACCUUCGAGGAGGCCUCCUCUGAAGACAAGGCCGACAUCAACAUCAUGUGGGCCGAGGGAGACCACGGCGAUGCUUAUGUGUUCGAUGGUACUGGCAGCCCAAAUAACGUUCUCGCCCACACAUUCUUCCCCGACUAUCAAGUCUCCACUCGCCUGAACGGCGACAUUCAUUUUGACGAUGCCGAAAAAUGGGAUAUGGACUCGGACAACUCUGUAAACACGUUCUUCCCCUACGUCUUGGCCCACGAAAUUGGGCAUGCCCUCGGGUUGCAGCAUUCUAAGCGCGAAAAUGCCGUCAUGCAUCCGGUAUACAAGAGUAUCCCAUUAAACGAACUGCAACUUGAUAUCGACGAUAAAUGCGGUAUUAACUGGAAUUACGUUGGACCCUCGCAUUUCUGCCUUUUCGUCUGGCUAAUGGCCGAAAUUGUGCCCCUCAACGCCUCUCACGGAAAUCAGAUGAUUUCCCCGGAUCGUCUCGUACACACCCAACGCAACCGCAUCAAGGGAUCGCUGAAAAGGGAAACGGCCACCCCUGAGCCGCCAGAAUUUCUGCAAGACAUUCGCAUCCCCCGCUGCCAAUCCACCAACUCCGUCAAGGCGAUCACCACUGAAAAAUUGGUCAAAAAUUUGCACUUCUCCCAUGAUGAUGCCGAGAAAUACAGCGUUAUCGCUUGCAACUUCCUCGCCGGACUUCACGUCUACCGCGGCAGCAGCAGCGCCAACCCGGAUGACUCGAUUGAAACUGAAUUCGCAUCAGUGCACGAAUUUGCCGACAACCCACGCGGUAUCCGCAAACUUGUGCGUCGUGCCGAAAGGAAGGAACAUCGCGGGAUCCACACCGUUCUCAGCCCAGAGCAUUUCACGAAGCACUUCUACGACAAAUUCUUCGAUGAAUACCUCGCGCUGAGACUGCGA